UUCUCGCGCCUUUUCGACAUUUCCGGCUGUGGCGCGUGCUGUUUACAGACAUGGAUCUGAGUGAUUUUGAGGCGGAUAACUCUGUGAGCUGCCGGUUGGCUUCGCCCAUUCCAGAUGUGUGUAAAACCGAGGACUGCUGUCUGGGCAUCGACGAGGCCGGCAGGGGACCAGUCCUGGGACCCAUGGUGUAUGGAAUAUGCUUCUGCCCUGUGUCCAGAAAGGAGGACAUGAAGAAUCUGAAAGUGGCAGACUCAAAGACGCUGACCGAGGCAGAGAGAGAGAACCUGUUUAGGAAGCUCGAUGAGGCCAAAAGUUUUGUAGGCUGGGCUCUUCAGAUCCUCUCCCCCAACACCAUCUCCACCAGCAUGCUGCAACGAGCAAAAUACAAUUUGAAUGCACUCUCACAUGAUGCUGCUAUUGGUCUGGUGCAGUUUGCCCUGGACUGUGGGGUGCAGCUCAAAGAGGUGUUUGUUGAUACUGUGGGUCCUGCAGAGAAGUAUCAGGAGAAGCUCUCCAAGCUGUUCCCUGAAGUGGCGGUGACUGUUCGUCCUAAAGCUGACUCCCUUUUUCCCAUCGUCAGUGCUGCUAGUAUCUGUGCCAAGGUGGCCAGAGACCAUGCUGUCAAAUCCUGGAAGUUUACCGAGGAUUUGGGUGAUGUGGACACAGAUUAUGGCUCUGGUUAUCCCAAUGAUCCCAAAACUAAGAGCUGGCUUCUGAAGUAUCUGGAUCCAGUGUUUGGUUUCCCUCAGUUUGUGAGGUUCAGCUGGAGCACAGCUCAGACACUGCUGGACAGCAAAGCUGCUACUGUCCACUGGGACGAUGAUGAGGAGGACGGAGAAAAGGCUGCAGCUCGCCAGAAUAACACAUCCAUGCUUUCUUUCUUCAGCCACAGCAAGCCAGCCGAACUCAAACACACACGGGACACACACCGCUUUUUCACUGAGCGCAAACUACAGAGCAUCAACACACUCUGAGCACGAAUACAUUUAUAGACCUCGGAGCUGGGACGCACUGUCACAAAACACAUGUUAAUAUCCAUAUAAAACUGCUGACCUUGGCCUGAGCUGUGCUGGAAAAUGUAGUUUUAUGUCCUCAUAUUCAUACUUUUGUACAAUGUUUACUGUUAAUUGUUUUUGCAUGUAAACUAAAUAAA